AUCCCGAACGGUUCUCUUUCGUCGCUGCGCUGUUGUGCCCGCACACACGUUCGUUUGUGCUAGCACAGAUACAGAUACACCCACAUAUAUACACUCGCACACAUUUUGUGGCCAACUUGUACAGCUACAACUUGUUUAAGCAAAUAUUAUUAGAACAAAUAAUAAACGCGACGCAGCAGCAACAACAACACACCAAAAACGAAAAGAAAAAGAAAAAGAAAACAUAAAACCAAAUCGAAACAAAACGAAAACGAAGUGAAGUGCGCAAAAAGCAAAAAAGCAUUUUCUUGUGGCGGCUCAGUCCGCAUAGUUUGCAUAGUUGCAACUUUUGAUUAACGAACUGAAAUCGAUCGAGAAUCAAUCAACACACAAUGCACACUCUGUUCAGUGAUCAGAACUCGUUCUCGCGCCAUUAUGCGCAAACUGCCGCCGGCUAUACAUCCGCCUCGGCUGUGGCUGCUGCCAGCAGCGCCUCGGCGGCCGCAGCGGCACAUUACGCAUACGACCAGUACUCCAGGUAUCCGUACUCGGCCAGCGCCUAUGGCCUCGGGGCACCGCAUCAGAACAAGGAGAUCGUGAAGCCGCCGUAUUCGUACAUCGCGCUCAUUGCGAUGGCCAUACAGAAUGCCUCGGACAAGAAGGUGACUCUGAAUGGCAUCUAUCAGUACAUCAUGGAACGCUUUCCGUAUUAUCGCGACAACAAGCAGGGCUGGCAGAACUCGAUACGCCACAAUCUCAGUCUCAACGAAUGCUUCGUCAAGGUGGCACGCGAUGACAAGAAACCGGGAAAAGGAUCCUAUUGGACACUCGAUCCCGAUUCGUACAACAUGUUCGACAACGGCUCGUUUUUACGGCGACGACGACGCUUCAAGAAGAAGGACGUGAUGCGUGAGAAGGAGGAGGCGAUUAAGCGACAAGCGAUGAUGAACGAGAAGCUGGCCGAGAUGAAGCCACUGAAGCUGAUGACGAAUGGUAUACUGGAGGCCAAGCAUAUGGCUGCGCAUGCGGCGCACUUCAAGAAAGAGCCGCUCAUGGAUUUGGGUUGCCUCAGCGGCAAGGAUGUCUCACAUGCCGCCAUGCUGAAUUCCUGCCACGACAGUUUGGCGCAAAUGAAUCACUUGACCGGCGGCGUGGAGCAUGCGGGCUUCACCGUCGACUCCCUGAUGAACGUCUACAAUCCGCGCAUCCAUCACAGCGCCUAUCCGUAUCACUUGAACGAUGAUAAUCUCACCGUCGCGAGCUCACAGAUGCAUCACGCUCAUCAUGCGGCGGCCGCUCACCAUGCGCAGCAGUUGCGUCAUGUGGCCCACGUCUCGCAUCCGCUGACGCCCGGCAAUGGCAGCGGCGGCGUGCAGUCGUCGGGCGCCUCACCCACCACGAUCUCAACGCCCCACGGACCGGCGCAUGGUGGCUGGUAUACGCCAGAGACGCCGCCAUCGGAGCCCAUCACGAAUGGCUCUGCGCCCGGCCAGAGCGGCACGCCCACGCAUCCCAGCAAUAACAACAACAACAGCAGCAUGCACAACAACAACAACAACAAUAGUAAUAACAAUAAUAACAACAACAACAACAACAAUGCUGCCAUCUCCGCCUCGGUGCUGACAAGCAGUCCCAGCUCAGCGUUGGGUUUCCGCGACAUGAUCUUCGAGCAGAAUCAAUCCUGCCAGCUGGACACAGGCAGUCCGACGGGCAGCAUACAAUCGGCCAGUCCGCCGGCAUCGGCGAGUGUCGCUGCUGCGUCUGCAGCUGCUGCGGCGGCGGUGAUCAACAGCCAUCAUCAUCAUCAUCAUCAUGUGUCGCAUCUGAGCGGGAAUCUGGGCAAUCUGAGUCAGUUGAGCAAUCUCAGUCACUAUCGGCCGCAUGUGGGUCACUAUCAGGAGUAUGGCAUUAAGUAUGGUGUCUAAACGGACCGAGGAGGCGUUCAUAGUGGGCGUGGCAGCUGUGCUCUCUUGUAUAUUCGUGUAAAUAUAUUUCCAAGCAUGACUCACAGCGGAAAGCGGAAAGGAGCAGAAAGUAUCUCAAUGUCAACGAAUUUAUUAUUAUUGUUUUUCUUUUUACUGUAUUUAUGUUUUCUGUUUUAUGCAUUGCGUAUACGACGUGUUGGCCAAGCGAGCAUAGUAUUUAGUUUAGCAUUAAACACAACUAUACGCAUAUAUAAACAUAUAUAGAGUAUACAACAAAGUAACAAUUACGAGAAUAACUAUAAUUAACAAUCUACAAUUAACUACUUAUUAAAUAAUUGUUAUCACUUUAGGACGUAGUUAUGUCUGGUAUGCAAAUUUGUGAUCAGUUUUCACUUUUCUCGCAGCGACUUAAAAAAAACACAAAUCGAACUUAAUAAAUGCAAAAGAAAAAGCACAAAAAAAUAUUUAACACAUUGUAUUAUCAUAGUGAAUCGCUUAGUAAUAUUACAAUUAACUAGCCUAGCCUACGUAAGCAAUAAUAAAUUAUAAAUAACUAUAAUAAUAAUAUAAUAAUAAUAUUAUCAAAUUAGCGUACAACACACAACUAUGAGCAACAAACUGUAUUAAAACGAAUAUGUU